CAAGCUUGGCUACGCAGGCAACACUGAGCCACAGUUCAUUAUUCCUUCAUGCAUUGCCAUCAGAGAGUCGGCAAAGGUGGUUGACCAAGCCCAGAGGAGAGUGUUGAGGGGAGUGGAUGACCUGGACUUCUUCAUAGGGGACGAAGCUGUAGAUAAACCCACGUAUGCCACCAAGUGGCCAAUAAGACAUGGAAUAAUUGAAGACUGGGAUCUUAUGGAAAGGUUCAUGGAACAAGUGAUUUUUAAAUAUCUUCGAGCUGAACCUGAGGAUCAUUAUUUUUUAAUGACAGAACCUCCACUGAAUACACCGGAAAAUAGAGAAUAUCUUGCAGAAAUUAUGUUUGAGUCAUUUAAUGUACCAGGACUCUACAUUGCAGUUCAGGCAGUGCUGGCCUUAGCGGCGUCUUGGACGUCUCGACAAGUUGGCGAACGUACGCUAACGGGGAUCGUCAUUGACAGCGGGGAUGGGGUCACCCACGCUAUCCCAGUGGCAGAAGGUUAUGUAAUUGGAAGCUGCAUCAAACACAUCCCGAUUGCAGGUAGAGAUAUUACGUAUUUCAUUCAACAGCUGCUAAGGGAGAGGGAGGUGGGAAUCCCUCCUGAGCAGUCACUGGAGACGGCAAAAGCCAUUAAGGAGAAAUACUGUUACAUUUGCCCUGAUAUAGUCAAGGAAUUUGCCAAGUAUGACGUGGAUCCCCGGAAGUGGGUCAAACAGUACACGGGUAUUAAUGCGAUCAACCAGAAGAAGUUCAUCAUAGAUGUUGGCUACGAAAGGUUCCUGGGACCUGAAAUUUUCUUUCAUCCAGAGUUUGCCAACCCAGAUUUUAUGGAAUCCAUCUCGGACGUUGUUGAUGAAGUGAUACAGAACUGUCCCAUCGACGUGCGUCGCCCGCUGUAUAAGAAUGUCGUUCUCUCCGGAGGCUCGACGAUGUUCAGGGAUUUUGGACGGCGACUCCAGAGAGAUCUGAAAAGGGUGGUGGACGCCAGACUGAAGCUCAGUGAGGAGCUCAGCGGGGGCAGGAUCAAGCCCAAGCCCGUGGAGGUUCAGGUGAUAACACAUCACAUGCAGCGCUACGCCGUGUGGUUUGGAGGCUCAAUGCUUGCCUCAACCCCGGAGUUCUUCCAGGUGUGUCACACCAAGAAGGACUAUGAGGAGUAUGGCCCCAGCAUCUGCCGCCACAACCCUGUCUUUGGAGUCAUGUCCUAGUGCUGGCCGUGGCGUCCUCAUUCCGGCAGUGUCAUGUUGGUGAGCAAGUGUCCUUCAGAACCCGGAGAAGACCGCAGCUCCUGUAGAUAGUGGCGUUUGGUGUUGGUGUCGAGAAGCGUGCUUGUGUCGCCGAGUGCAUGAGGCACCACCGAGUCAGUUCAAUAAAAGCCAUUUAUGUGCCCACUGUCCGAUGCCCGUCCCUUCUUCCCCCUUCUGUGCCCCUGCUCCCUCUCUGCCUCUCCAUCUGGGCUUCUAGCUGACAAAUAUAAUUCUGAAGGAAUUCAACUGCGACUUUAAAAACUGUUAGGGAAAAAACCCUAGAACAUGGCGCAAAAUAGAUCCCCCAGGAAAGAAUAUGGGGCUGUAAACCCUUUACCUCCCAGCCUAUUUUUGUAAAUAAAAUGUUAUAAACUUGAAAUACAAAUUGAUGUUUAUAUUUCCUAUCAUUUUGUAUUUUAUGGUAUUUGGUACAACUGGCUGAUCCUAAGCACGAAUAGAUAUUGGUGUCUGGAGUGCUGUAAUAACACGUUUUUAGUUGUGAGGCAUGUUCUGAUAUGUUUGUAGGCAAAACAGAGCAAACUUUUUUGCCACGUUUGCUAGAAAAUGAUUACACUUUACUGGAGUGACAUGAAGUUUAAAUACUAAACAGUAUUGUAUGAGAAUUAUUACAGAUAAUGUAUCUUUUUGUUUUCCUGUUUGAACUUUCUGGAACUGUUUUAUAGAAGAUGUUGGUUUGCUGUUGGUGAGUGUUGGAUGAAAUACCACCUUGCACAUUGUAAUAAAAGCGGUUAGACUGUUUGUAUGGA